GAAAUACUAGUAGUUGGUAUAAUUAUAUAUCUGAAUUAAUUAACGAGUUAAAGAUACUUACAUCCUUAAAAACUUAUGGUCAUGGACAAUUUUUAACAUUUGAAGGCAUAAUUGUUGGUACUGAAGACCUUAUUUCUGCAAUGAAUAAUCAAGAACUGUCUGAAAUAAAUGUAAUUAGCUUAAAUAGCUUGUUUAUUGACCAAGAUAUAAAUGCACCAGGAAUUAAUCUGACAUUAAUAUCUCCUCAAUGGUAUGUCGUGGGUAAAAGAUUAAUUAAUUUAAAAGGCAUUUCUGGUUUCUCACACAAACCAAAUAAAGCAAAUGAUGGAAUCUCAUCUACUGAAAGACUAAACAUUAAUGGUGAAGAUGGUCUACCUGGACUACCUGGCUAUUGUGGAGGAAAUUUUUAUG